AUGAGUAUUUUGAAAUUCGAUUUAUAUUCUUCUGAAUUUAACUUUAACAUGGGAGAAGGAAAAUAUAAAAGAGGAACUUUUUUAGGUUUAUUUUUAUCUGUGAUUACUGUUGCUAUAGUUCUCUUUUAUAUAUUUUACAUAUUUAAUUAGUAUUUUAGUAAUUUGAUUGAUCCAAAAUUUAGAUCUUAGAGUUUCAUCACAAGUGAUAAGAAAGAAGUACCUUUAAGCUAAGACCUUAUUGGGUUUUAGUAUUUUUACAAUUUGUCUAUGACUAUAGAUGAAUAUCAGGCCUCAUAGAAUAAAACCUAUGUCUUAUAUUAUCCUUAACUUUAUUACUAAGACUUGUUAAAUAACAUUUACUAAACCAUCGAUCUUGAUGUUGUUAAAUGUACUGACCCUUCACUAAAAGGAUUUAACUGCAUAGAUUUUUCUAAAGUAAGCAAUUACACUUUUUUACUUGAUAACAGUAAUAACAAUUAAAUAUAUUCUGGAAUUUACAUAAAUAUGUAUGGAUGUUUUGAUUUAGAUGUUGUAAAAACAACUAUUCCAGACAACUGUGCUUCUUAAACUGAAAUUGAUAAUGCUAUUAAUAAUUUAGGUUCUUAUUAUUACCUAAAACUUAAAACAUAAUAAUACAACACUACUUCUAAAUAGAUUCAAACUAAUUAUAGAAGAUUUGGUCCAUACAGUUAAACAAUGAUACUUAUGGAUGAAAUUGUAUAGUAAUUCUAAAUUUAGUAUCCUACAAUUACAGAAAUUCUGGCACUAAUAAAUGGAGUUGCUGUAUUAGUUGUGAUUGCAAGAUUUAUUGGUAGAUUUCAUUCACAAAAGCUUAUUAGAUAAGACUUCUUUAUGCUUUUGCUAUAAAACAUUUAUUAGGAUAAAUACGAAAAAAUACUUGAGCAUAAUAAUCUAAUUGAUAAAAUAAAAGAUAUUUCAUAAUAAAUAUAAAAUUUAAAAUAAUCAACAGACGAUAUCUCAGAAGAAUAUUAGAAUAAAAGUGAAAUGUUGGUUCCUACAUUCCCAGCUAAAUUUAGAGAUACUCCAGAAAAAAAUCUAUUUUCUUUUUAGAAAAAUUAAAAUAAUAAUAGCAAUAAUUAUUGUAAUGAUACUUCGCCCUUUGCUAAAUAGAGUAAUAGACUGACUGAAGAUUUUGACCUAAAAGAUGAAAGUUACAUGUUUUCAAAGAAAUAAAACAUUAGCACUUAAAAAAGUUUUAUAAGUAUAAACAAAAAUCAAAUAAAAAUGACUAAUAGCCAGAUCCAAACAACUUCUAAAAAGACAUCAUUUAAUUAAGGAAAAUCUGCUUUUAACGGAUUAAGCACUGAAACCCGAAAUAUAUAGAUACAAAACUAAAAAAAUGACACUUUAAGUUUAGCUGUUUCUUAAAAGUUAAAAGUCAUUCAAAAUAAACCAACUAAAUAAAUGAUCCAAAAUCUUUUAUUUAAAUUUUAAUUAUUUAGAUCUAAAGAUUUUCUUAAAUCUAAAGGACUUGAUCUAAAAAUUUUAAUGAACGUUGGAUAAGAGAUUAAUUAGCUGCUAUUUAAUUUGUAGGUCUCACAGAAAAUGUAAUGA